AUGACAAGUAUUGAUGAUUUAUUUAAGAAGCCAGCUUUACCCAGCCAUAAGCGCAAAUUAGAACCUACUCGAGAUCCAAAUGAGAUAUAUAAAUCCGCAAAAUUGUCUGCGAACGGCCAUGCAAAAAGCAAUGGUAAACAGCCAGCAGUAGAAGAGGAUGACGAUAUUGAAGCCGGGCCUUCAGCUCCACCCGAAGAUGACGACGAAGACUAUGGACCAGAUAUUCCUGAUGAUGAAGAAGGGCGGUUCUUCGGUGGUGGCAUCACAAAAGAUGAAUCGGAAAUAUUAGAUUACAUGGAUGGACAAGAAAGCGCAGAGAUUGUUCCUGAAAAAAUAGAUUCUGCAUGGCUAAGAAAAAUGGCCCUAAACUUUGAGAAAAAGAUCACGAAGAAUGCUGAAUUAAGAGCAAAAUUUGAGAAUGACCCGCAGAAGUUUAUGGGUAGCGAGGCGGAUUUAGAUGCAGAUAUCAAAGCUCUGAGCAUUCUAUCAGAACAUCCGGAAUUAUACGGAGAAUUCGCGAAGUUGGGAUGUGUGGGGAGCUUGGUUGGAUUACUGGCGCACGAGAAUACGGACAUCGCAAUUGAUGCGGUAGAGAUUAUCAGUGAACUUACAGACGAAGAUGUGGAGGCUGAACAAGAACAAUGGAACGGAAUUGUAGAUGCUAUGAUCGAGGCAGAUUUACUGGAUUUAUUAAUUUCGAAUUUUGGAAGGUUUAAUGAAAGCAAUGAGUCGGAUAGGAGCGGCGUGUAUCAUGCAUUGUCUGUGUUGGAAAACCUGGCGUCAAGGGUAUCGCUUGCAGAAAAGAUCGGUCAGGAGACAAGCAUACUGAAUUGGUUAUUGAAUCGAAUACCGAGGAAAGAGUCUCCGGUGAGUCAGAACAAACAAUACUCGGCGGAAGUUAUGGCGAUUCUUCUACAAUCAUCUCCCCUCAACCGCCGUAAACUCUGCGAACUGGAUGGCGUCGAUCUCCUACUCCAAAUUCUGGCAGCUUAUAGGAAGCGCGAUCCAAUCAAAGGAACCGAGGAAGAGGAAUUCGUGGAAAAUAUUUUCGACGCCUUAACCUGCUGUGUUGAUGAGCCGGAAGGAAAACAGAAAUUUGUUGAAGCAGAAGGUGUCGAACUUUGUCUAAUUAUGAUCAAAGAAGGCAAAAUGAGUAAAUCGCGCGCACUCAGACUACUAGAUCAUGCAUUAGGAGGACAAACCGGCGCAGAAGUUUGUGAAAAAUUGGUGGAUGCAGCAGGUCUCAAGGUAGUAUUCGGAAUGUUCAUGAAGAAGAUCGACGGCCAGACAGUAGAACACCUGUUAGGAAUAUUCUCAAGUCUACUACGUCUCCUACCCGCCAAUCAGGCUGGUCGCAUCCGCACACUUGCCAAAUUUGUAGAAAAGGACUAUGAAAAGAUAAACAAGCUUGUGAAAUUUCGUCGAGAUUACGCAACACGGGUAGCCGCCGUCGAUGCUGAAAUCCGCAAGGAACAAGCGAGAAUGAGUGCAGAAGAAAGAGAGGAGACAGCGGAUGAGUGGUUAUCGAGAAGGUUGGACGCCGGCUUGUUUUGUUUGCAAACGAUUGAUGUUAUCUUGGCAUGGUUGGUGGCGGAAGAUGAAGGCGCGGAGAAAAAGAUUAGGGCGCUAUUGGCCGAGAGGGAUGAGGGGUUGGAGGUUUUGAGAGAGACUUUACAGGAGCAGUUGGAUACGUUGGUGGGGGGGGAGGAAGAGGGGAAUGGCGAUGGUGAUGGUGAUGGGGAAGAGAAGAUGAUGAGGGAUAUGUUGGGGACGUUGGUGCAGUUUUUGACAUAA